AUGAUCACACGUGUUUUUGAUUAUUUUGUUGUAUAAAUUUGUUUUGCUAUUACAAUGUUUGUGGAAAUGCCAACGGUGGCACGAUGUUGUUUCUGUGCACCUCUUAGAUACGGACUUUUAAUAUGGGCUUAUAUUAAAUUGGUAACGAGUAUACUAGCAUUUAGCAUAGCAAUAAUGUGGCUGUUCUUAUGGUUUUUAUUCACUAUGGGUGAAAUUUCUCUACUGCUGUUGAUUAUCUCUACUCUAAUUAGCCUUAUAGCUGACAUAGUCUUCAAUUUUAUACUUAUAAUGGGUACUCAUAAGAAAAACCUAUCAUUUUUGAAAUUGUAUCACCGCUAUGCUUUCGCUCACGCUGUUAUCUUCUUAAUGCUCGGAGUUUUAUGGAUAUCAUAUGCUAUUGUGGAGAAUGGAAAACCUUUGAACCAGCCUGACUCUAUGAUGUAUAUUGUGUGUAUGGUGACCUCAGUCAUCGUUCCUUUAAUAUUGCACGUCUAUCUCUUCAUAGUACUACGAAGUGAGAUACACAAAUUGAAAACGAAAGAUCAAAUUAACUUUGUUAAUCCAAUCAACGAGUACGUAACAGAUACGGGGGAAGAGAAUAAAACAAAUGCAGAAAAUAAGAGCUUUGAUAACAAUACUUCUUAA